AUGUCCUCCGUUACAACUACCACAUCUGACAUCAUUACUAUAUCUGAAAGAUAUACAGUCAUUGAUGGAUUCUUAAUUUACACUGAAAAGAAUAAUGGAAAUGUUACUCGUAAGAUUGUAGAUGUUAAUUUUCGUAAAGGUUUUCUUAGGGAUGACGAAAGAAUAGAGCUUAAGAAAUUUGACUUAAUCAAUAUAGAUGAAUUACGUGAAAGAAAUAAACAUUCUGAAAUGAUCCCUUGUAACUCAACUGAAUUGUUUAAUUAUUGUGACACUAUUACAAGGCGUUACUAUUGGGAAUAUGGCAAUUUAAUAUUGUUUACAGAUCGUAGUAAGAAGGAGAAAGAAAAAGAUGCUGAAAGGUUUACCGUUAUCCCACUUAGAAAAUAUAAUAAAGCCACCAAGUAUCUCUACUAUAAACAUAUUGCUGCUGAUGAUGAUUAUUCUGAUUAUUAUUCUGAUGAUGACGACUAUUUCACACCUAUUAUAAAUUCUGGUGUGGUCAAUUUUUUUAAGGAUGUUAUGGAAGUAUACAACAUGAAUAUUUGUGAUAAUGAUUUAAAUAUCUUAAAAGACUAUACUAAAAGCUACUAUGAAAUUAAAAAAAAAUCAAUUGAUACUUUCAAUGAAAUGUAUUAUCAUGUCAGAAAGAAUAAUCCCUGUAUAACGUUUAUUAAAACAGUUUUAGAACCUAUUGAUGGAGAGCCAUUCCCAGAGACUUUGACCGGUAGUACAUUAGAGUUAUAUGGAACAAAGUUUGCCAACUUUCUAUAUCUGAUUGAGGUAUUUCCAAGCUUAGAAUUAUCUAAAAACAAAAUUAUCCCCCUUUAUUACACUUCUGACAAUCUGACCACCAAGAUUAGUAAAAUCUUUUAUGCUAUUAUUACUGGUGAUGAAAAAUAUUUAGAAUACCUGCUUCUCAUGAUUCGUCUAUCCUGUUUUGAUUGGAAUAAGCCGUCUGAAAAAUUACCUCCUACUCUAUCGUUCUCGGAGUUUCAAUAUACCUUAGAUUCCUUGAAAUGUUGGGUAGCUUACGCAACUCUAUUCCGUAGUGUUCAAUUACAAAAUAUUUCAAGUACAAUAGAAUUAUUUGCAUAUUCUACCGAAUCUAAACAAAGCAAACCCUUAUGUUCAAUUGAUAACAUUUAUAAGUUGCUGGUCAAUGAAAUAGCCAAGAUUCCGGAUCACACCUUUAGACCUUUAGGUGCUGGAAAAUAUUUGUUAGUUGGUCAGCCGUUUCAAAAAGAGUAUUUGGUGGAACUUUAUAGCGAUGUUAAAAAUCUGUUCGAUAGUAGGUUAAAAGAACUAAGGAAUUAUUACAAAGAUCUUAAAGAUGUAAGUGUAGUGGCAUCAAUGACAAUCAAAUCUUCAAAGGGUGCUGCUUUUGAAAACCGAUAUCAUCCAAAGAUAAGUAUUACUGAUUUGUUUAAUAUAGAUAUUCAGAGGUCAGUAGUUCCAACAAUUUGCUUCUAUAAUGAAGAAGAUCAUGAUAAAAUAUUAAAUCUUAUUGUCGAUUGUCUAACUUGUUUAAUGUUAAUGAUCUACAUUUCUUCUGGUAGUCCAUAUAAUUUUCCCGAAAUGAGAGAACUUAAAUAUGCUAGUAAUAAUAGAAAUCUAUUCAUUAAUCCGAUUGAUAAAACUGUGGAGUUCAUUGCAACUUAUUCAAAAAAUAAAUCAAAUAUUCCUAUAUGCAAGGCUGUAGAUGAGUUGACUUCAGACUAUAUUAUAUACGCUAUUUUGGUUCUAUCCCCAAUUAUGCGCAAGCAUAGUCAUGAGAUGAACUAUGUCAUGAAUCGUGAUAUACUAAACGAAAUAAAUUCAGAUAGCAACUUGAAUCCAAAUCUUAUUUGCUUUACACCUCAACAGGAUCUAAAUGAUAAAGAAUUCACAUCUCAAAUUUUAGAAUCUUAUUUAUUUGUAGAUCCAAUCAGAGGGAGUUUAAUUGGCUAUCAAAAGUUUGAGUUCCUUUUUAAUGAUUAUCCCUCAUGUCAACUUAGGGACUUACGUUUUAAUUUCAACAACUUAAGACAUGCGAUUAUCGGUAUUCAAAGAUAUGAGUUAUAUGUCGAUGAUACUGGUAUGCGUGUCGGCCCUGCCGUUGUGAGACUGACUGGUAAUUCUUCGUUGACACACGUCCAGAAUUAUGACGUUAAUUUAACCGGUAUGAAAGAAUAUGAAAAUACUACAGAAUAUAUAGAUGGGUAUCUCAUUUCCAAAUUCUGGAUAAAAUUAUUGGGUCUUGGAUAUGGAAUUUGA